ACAAAACGUAAUCGGACGUGACGGAUAUGAGUUGUUUAGUGUGAUAAUUUAUCGCCGAUCAGUGGAACGACUUUUCCUUAACGAAUAAAGAGUUUCGUUCAUCAGACGAGCAUUCGUCACCCCGUGGAAACAUUCGACAUGGAUAAUGUCGGCGCGCGUCCGUCUCGUCUGCAGAAGUCUGCAGCCGUGGACGGAGAGUGGCGGGAAUAAAAUUGGUGAGGUAUUUCGGAUGAACCAAGAGGAAUCAAUGUGAUGUGUUGACCGGCAUAGGAUAUCGAAGGACAGCGGCGAUCCGCACCAAAAUGGUAGGGGGAUACUGGCCAGAUCCGGAGGAUGGUAUAAGAGAAGAAGGGAUACGAAACCAGCGUCAGUUAUAUUGACUUUCUUUUAAGCAACACGCGCGUUACACACGUAUACUCUGCGGGAGGAUACACAUUAAAUUUCCACGAUGAUACCAUUGCUAGAAAUGCUAUUAGUUAUAGUAGCGUUAGCUACGCACGCACGUGGACUCCCCUAUAGAGAAUUGUCACCUCAAUUGCAGACACAACAAAUUGAUCAAGCGCAAUUUAAUUGGGAUCAAUCGCAGCAAAAUAAGUUCGAAGAAUAUCAAACGCAUGCUUCUUCAGAAUCACAGAAGCAACUUAAUCUUGAUUAUACGUAUCAACCUGAUCAAACGUUGCAGUCCAAUCCUAGCGCCGUAGAUGGCUUCACCAUCAGUUGCAGCGGUAAAAAUAAAAUCUGCGUGGCCAAAAGUCUAUGCAUCAACGGAUAUGUGCAGCCUUCAAAGCAAGGCUUUAUUCGGCCAGGACAGGUGCAAGAAUGCAAGCUCAGUCACGAAGCAUGCUGUACCGUGCAAUACAAUGUGUAUUAUCCAUUCGAUAUCGAUCCAAUUAAUGCGGUGAAGGACAAUCAGUAUCCGAAACCUACUCUGGAAAAUGAUGAGAAAUACGUUCCAUUCGGAGAUAAUAAUCAGGCAGACGUGACCGAAUUAUUGAAGCCUCCGUUAGAAAACAACGUUAACAUAUUGCAAUCCCCAUCGGACAAUAGAUUCGAUAUCGAGUCUGCUAAUCAGCCUCAUGUCAACGUAAGACCGACCGAAGAGAUAUCAGUCGAUUACAAUCAUAUACCCUCCGAUACGAAUCAACGGGAACAAUAUCAAAUAGGUGAUAGUAGUGCUAACGAUCCAGUAAAUUCCUUCCCAUUAAAAUCAGCCCCUACGAAUCCGAAUUCCGCGGUCUUCCAAUUGACAAUUCACAUGGGAUGUGCGGCCGCCCUGCUUUGCGUAGAAGAGCAAUACUGUACGUUAGAAGGAACGAUUAGUCCGCAACCAAUUGCGCUUAGCAGCAAGGAACUUCUACGACGUGUUCCCUUAAGUAGCUGCAGAAUCUCAGAGACCGGAGCAGUCGGUAAGUGUUGCCGCGAUCCGAACUACGUGGAUCCAUGGCCGACGGGCAAUUUGCCAGCCAACUACACCGGUGGUUUCGACGAGCAAGGCUUUCCGACAUUCUUGAACAUUGCGAAGGUACAACCGCCGAAGAAGCUGAUCAUCCAGCCACCCAUCAAGACGACUCCCAGGCCGCCGAUCAAACCAUCCGUCGCGCCACCGCAGGUUCAUGAACAGUUACAGCCGACGAACGUCGUGCCCCUGGUAUCGGACGAUUCCGACGUCAUCCCGCAACGCGUAUUACCAAUUUCGACUCCGAUUCCAAUAGUGCCCCCGGUCAGCAGCCCCGCGCCGUUCAAUAUUCCAAAUGAUCCUCCCGUCGUGCCGGAAUUGCAAUUGCCCAAUAAUCCAUGUGGAGUGAGAAAUUACGGACAACGCCCGACCGGCUUCAGAGAGACCGAUGCGGCAUUCGGAGAGAUUCCAUGGCAAGCGAUGGUCUUGUGGUCGGAGGAACGUAAGAUUUUGUGUUCUGGUGUUUUGAUAUCAGCAGAUAUCGUUCUGACAGCUGCCAACUGCGUAAACAGAUUUCCGGCGAGUAAACUGUCUGUGAAACUUGGAGAAUGGAAACUGGGAUAUGAACUUGAACACGAGGAGCCGCUGCCAUUCCAAAUUAUCAAUGUACGAACGAUCAAAUAUCAUCCUGGAUACGUAGAAGGAUUGCCUGGUAACGAUACUGCUAUGCUCCUUUUGGAACAUCCCGCGGUAUUUAAUUUACAUAUCAACACGCUAUGUCUUCCCGAUAACUAUCAAGUGCAAGAAACUUCGCAAUGCAUCGUGACUGGUUGGGGCAAGUCGAUACUACAAGCUCAUUACGCGGGUGCUAUUAUGCACAUGGUUGAUGUGGAUCUUCUGACGCAUGACGUUUGUCAAAAUCGCGUCUUGGAUGCAGAAUCUCAUAUCAAUGUCGCACAUAAUAUAAUCUGCGGUAAAGCGCAUAAAGAAAAUAAUAUGUGCCAGGCCGAUGUCGGUGCUCCAUUGGCUUGUUACGACGGUAACGGAGCCUACCAUAUCGCUGGAAUUUACAGUCAAGAUACUGGAUGUUUGCCCACAAAUCAGGUGGCGACAUUCACACCCAUUGACAUCACCUGGCUGAAACAAACUAUGUAUGCGCCCGAGCCUAAAAUAGAUGCUAGCGAUGACGGCUACGAUUAUCAAAAGAGUAAUUUACCAGCGGGUAACGAAUAUUUGCCACCAGUGUAAAGGUAAACGGUAUUCAUACUGUUGUAUAGCGUAUUUCUUUUUUUAAUACUCGCGAAUGGUAGGACGAGGAAGCGACAGACGCAAUCGUAUAAUACUCGAUUUAGCGUAAUGCAGAAAAUAAUUGAUAGCAUUUAAUCGAUUUCAUGCUAAGUCGCGAGAAAAAGUCGGAGAGCAAUUGUCGGGAGACCAUUGCGCAUUGCAGAUAAUUGUUGCCGAUACUAAAUAUAGACUAAAAGUACUUUACGCUCCGCUUUUAAGUGUUGUUAUUCGGAAUUUUCAUAAUAUAGGAAAAUACGAUAUAAUAAUAGAAAUCUAUUAGAGUGUAAACAGAGCUCGAGAAUCAAUUCCAUGACGUAUGAAAAACCAGGUGUAACAAUAUGUAUAAUAAAUAACAAAAUAUAAUUUAGGGCAAUAUAAUUUUUGUAAUUAGUGAAUAGCGGCUUUAUAUCAACUUAUAAAAUUUAAGGCCAAUUUUCAAUUGGUCACGAAUGUUGUUAUUACUUUAAACAACGGUAUAUCCUUUAAAUUAGUUCACCUGAUCUUCUUACAUCGUGAUUAAUUCAGCAUUGAAACAAAACAACUCUGAGCAAUUGUAUGACAAUAAAAAGAAUACAUGAACUCUUAGAUUUUAUAGGUGCAAAUAUAUUUAUUUGCCUGGUGUAAUACAAAAAUAAUAUAAAUGUGUCUGUACAUAACGGAGAACAUCGUAUAAACGUAUGCUUCUGCGAGUUUAGAUUAAGCUAUGGGGAAGAACUAUAUCUGUCAAAGAAUUAUAUUACGUUUAAUAAAUAUUUGUUAGAAAAUAUCAAAGAGAUUUGUAUAUGAAAA